CGAACCGCCUCCGGGACGGGAUGAGGACCGCCUCCGCCGGCCAGGAGGGAGGAGGAGGAGGGCAUCAGCCUCCCCCGCCCGGGGCUGAGCCCAGCCCGGCCCCCGGGGCGGAGCCGGCGGAGCAGCGCCCGGCGGAGCGGGGAGCGGGGAGCGGCGGAUCCCGGGGCAGCCCCGGCCGGCUCCGGGAUGAGCUUCCCGCGGCCCCUGCGCCGCUCCGUGAGCCUCAGCCCGGCUCGCACCCUGCGCCUCGUCGUGCUGGGACAGAGCGCCGUGGGCAAGACAGCACUGACCGUACGAUUCAUCACCAGGAGAUUCAUUGGAGACUAUGACCCAACCCUAGAAAUGAUCUACAGGCACGUGGCUGUCAUCGAUGGGGAGAUGGUGCACUUCGAGAUCCUCGACACGGCUGGACAGGAGGAGGACUCCCUGCAGAUCGAGGAGAAGAUCAAGUGGGGUGACGGCUUUGCCGUGGUGUACUCGGUGACCGACCGCUGCAGCUUCGACGAGGUGAUGCGCCUCUGCUUCCUCAUCAACCACCUACACGCCAGCCCCAAGCGCAGCGGCGCUGCCGAGCAGCCGCCCGUCGUCAUCGUGGGCAACAAGAAGGACCUGCAGUUCGACAGGAUGGUGUCCACCGAGGACGGGGAGAACCUCUCCAAAGCCCUCAAGAUCCCCUUCUACGAGAUCUCCACGCGGGACAGCUACGAGGAGCCGGUGGCGGUGUUCAGCAGCCUCUACCAGGAGCUGCUCAGGCAGGGGCACUUCUCCCCAGGCUCCUUCAAGAGGAGGACAGUGUCCAAGCUCAUGGAGAAGAUUCCCAAGAUGCAAGCCAGCUCCACCCUGAACUCCACAGGCCGGAGCCUCAGCUUUAACUCCUUCAGGGACUACAUUCCCGAGUGAGCGGCCGGGCUCCAGCCCGGGAUGGGGGCGGCUGCUGGGGCUGUGCCGGCUCUCUGGAGGGGAGGGUCAGGAGUGGAGAGGGUGGCACUGAGGUACAAAAGCCUGUGGGUUCUUCUUCUUCAAGGGGCUUUGUGCCAGCGGGGAAUGUUUUCCUCAUCCACCUGAUCCCUUUGUUCCCUCCUCUCCCUCCCUCUGGCAUGGCUGCAGUGUAGCCGAGGUUGCCCUGGUGACUCCAGUGGUGUUGGGACCACGUUUGGAGGGAGGCUCAGACCCAGCACAGACAUGUCUGGGGGGGCUUUCCCCCUCCCCUGAGCUGGCUGGGUGUGUCUGUACCCAAAUCCAGCACCCACCAAGCUGGGUGACUCCUAGGGCUGUGUUGGCUCCUGGGCUGGCACCAGCCGUUCCCUGGGAAUGGAGCCUUGCUGUGGCUUCCUCAGCGUGGCUGGUGAGUAAAACCCCCUGGAUCCUCAAACCCUUCCAGCCCAUCCUGGCUGUGCUCAGUAGCGUGGACACAACAGAGGUGAUUCCAGAAGCUGUUUGCAGGUGCCCCUCUGCUCAUCCACUGCCCUGUUCCCAGAGGGAAAAUCACCGUGGGCUGAGGACUUGUCCUUUAGCACAGGGAUGGGGCAGGGAAGGCGUGGGGAGGAGCCAGGCUCAUGGCUCACACCCUUCCCUCCCUCUGGGUGAUGUGUGGCUGGUCGGGUUGGCUGUGCUGGGACCCCGUGGUGUGACUCCCCUGUCCCCCCUGUUGUGACCGACCCCAUUGUCUGCUGCUGUGUCCUGUGACAAUAAAAGCUGAGUUCCCAACUG